GCCGGAUGGAAAAUCUGCGAUAUUUCAAAGCGUCUCUGUGUCACUCAUAGCUGUGUGAGUAAAAUCUUGAACAGAUAUCGUCAAACGGGUUCAGUCAGGCCGAAGGAUGCCAAAGAAGGUCGCACGGAAUCGCCACUUGUGACGGCAGUUAGAGAUUAUCGGACACGACUUGGAAUGAGCCGACAGGGCGAGAUUCGUGAGCAACUCAUCAAGGACGGAAUUUGCACCAGAGAGACGGCUCCUACAUACUUCGAACUAAACUGGAUAUCAAGCGAAGAAAAAAGACGGACUAAUUCGCGGAGCAGCCAACGACGGAUUCCAGAAUCUCUCUCAAUUCUCACGCGGAUCAUCACACCAUAUGGAAGGCAACAUAAGGAAAACACGCGUAACAACUUCGCGCGCAUGCAGUUGCACAUCGCACCGAAACAAAAAGGUGUAAUAGCUCAGUCGGUGAAGGAAGUCACUCAAUCGUUGGUCGAUGAUGGUCUCGUGGAAUGCGAGAAAAUAGGCACUUUUGUCUGCUACUGGGCAUUUCCGUCGAAAGCGUUACAAACUAGAAAGCGCAAGCUAAAAGAUCUCGAGGAGUCGGUUCGCGACUUGGAGGCGAAGAUCAAUGAUGGCACAGCACAGCUGAAGGAACUGAGAAAAGGAAAAGAG